AUGUCAUCACCAUUACCUAAACCAUCAAGUUCAUUAAUACCUUUACCAAAAGACUUACCAGAAUUUCUUGCACCUUUCAUUCCAAGAUUAUUAAAUUGUAAACCAUUCAUAACACUUACAUAUGCCCAAUCAUUAGAUUCCAGAAUAGCUGCUAAAAAGGGUGAACGUACCACAAUAUCACAUUUAGAAACCAAGACAAUGACACAUUAUUUAAGAUCACAUCAUGAUGGAAUUUUAAUAGGUUCAGGAACUGCACUUGCUGAUGAUCCAGGAUUGAAUUGUAGAUUUAAAGAAAAUGGGAAUCAACAUACACCAAGACCAAUUAUAGUGGAUCCAUUGUUUAGAUGGGAUUUUAAAGGUUCAAAAUUACAAGAAUUAGUUAUGAAAGGUGAAAGUUUAGAACCAUGGAUUAUUGUUGCAGCAGGUAUUGAAGAAAAAGUCCAAGAUAAGAUUGAAUUCUUGGAGAAAUUAGGUGGGAAAGUAAUACCAUUAAAUUUAGAUUCAAAUAAUAAAUUAAAAUGGGAAGAUAUUUUUUUAACUUUGAAAAUUAAUGGUAUUGAUUCAAUAAUGGUUGAAGGUGGUGCUAAGAUAAUUAAUCAAUUACUUAAUAGUCAAGGAAUUGUUGAUAGUUUAAUCAUAACGAUUGGUCCAUGUUUCCUUGGUGAUCAAGGGGUUGAAGUUAGUCCGCCACAAGGAGUCAAGUUAAGAAAUGUUCAUUGGUGGAAAGGUGUACAAGAUACAGUUAUGUGUGCUAAUUUAAUUGAUUGA